GAGGGGGUGGUAAGUAAUUAUUUAGGGGGAAGAAAGAAAGAAACAAAGUUCUCGACCGUGCAAUGCACACGGGGAGGGAUUUUAUUUAUCUCGAGCGACUCGUUUGGUUCCGCGCCGGUCUGGUGGGAUGUGAAGUGCAACGGCGCACCGGUUUUCCUCAUUUCCUUUCUCUCCACAAACUUCCCCGCUACUAUUUCGCCGACUCCUGGACAGGAUUUCUUCUUUGAAAACGGGAAUGAUAAAAGCAGUCGAGCUCGAGCGGAUGGACAAACAGACGGAGGAGUCUUUCCAGUACCCAGUGUGUGUUUUCUGAUGCCUUUCUUAAAGGUAAUAACGUUACUUUGAGCACAUUUCAUCCUGAGAUGAAUGGGAGAAGAAGACUGAGUCAACUAUCUGUGCACAAGCGGAUUUAUAUUCUCGUCUACACUGGACCCACAUGAAGUGGCGAUAGUCUGCAUCCUGCUGAACCUCUUCGCUUUGUUUUUCAAAAAGAAAAUUCAAACGGAGGAACACCCCCCACCCUGCACUGGAUAUCAAACUGAUUUUAUUGAAGUAUACCUAAGACAUUUCAACUAGAAGAGAAUAUAUAAAUGUGGAGCCACCUGAGGGUCCACAAGGGGGGGCAUUAACGACCAUAGGUCUCUCCAAAGUGUCUAGGAUUUAGGUUAUCCUAUUUCCUGGCUGGACUGGCUUGUUAGUAACUGUUUAAUAAUUCUAUGGAGUCUUUUUUACCACAUCCUACCUGUGGAUUUUCCACAUGAGGUCAAACCAGAUGACACAGUGGACUUAAGUCAUGUAACCACCACCUUGAAAAGUCUUAAGAGUAUUUAUCUUUUCUGUAUUUAUUGUGUAUAGAAAGGGUCCUUUUUGAAAGGCUUUGAGCAAGAUUCAAAGCUAGUUUAUAAUUUCUUAUUUUCAACAACUGAAAGCUGACAUUUCAAGUGCAGACUUACUUGAGCAUCUUUGUUCUGCUGCAUAUCUACUUACACUGUAUUUGAGCACAUUAAUCUGUAACAUAAAGGAAAGUGAUAUAAGACCUGACUUUACCCAAGAAGCUAAAAACACUAUAGUUUACCAUCAUGGACAAGCCGAUAAGUAAGCUGUUGGGGAAGUUAAAGCUAACAGAUACGGGCAGUGUGAAAUUCAACAGUUCAAAGAAAAAACAUGACUCUGCCAACAACUCUAAUAACAGCAACGGCAACACAGGCAUCUCAGCAGGCAAUGGAGUGAGCAGUGCUCUGCCACCCGCUCCCAGCAUUGCAGCUGCCUUGCCCUCAAGACCUGGCCAGUUCUCGCUUGCCUCUCCAACCACAAGCGAUCCUUGUGUUCCAGCAAGUGGGAGAGGAGGAGUUGCAGGAGGGAUGGGAAUAGCUUCCUCUCAGCUCCACGCCACCCCACCCACAUCCUCCACGAUGGGCAUCAUAUCUCCAGAUGGUGAGCAACCAUCUCACCCCUCCACACUGGCACCACUUAGGCGGCCCUCACAUCAACAACGAGCUUCCUGUUACCUAAUUGAAGGAGUAGAUUCCCCUCUCAGACGUGAGUCUGGCACAGGCCCUGAGGGUGACCCUCUGGGAUUGUUUGGCUCUAAGGCAUCCCUAAAUCAACGACGCUACUCCCUGGAGAUCCAGCCGCUGGUCAGAAGACAGCAGCUCCUCUCACAGCUGCCUCCUCAUUCUGUCCCACCAUUGUACCCUGCUGUCUCAGGUUUUGGGUCUGCUCCCAGAGGUAGUGUAGGUGCCCUGGCAGAGCCUGGCUACUACUCUGAACAUGAGAGGCACAAACGCCUUUCUCUCCAGGAGGCUCUGUUUUACAAACGUAUGAGUACAGGCAGUGAACUGUGGGAGAGCAACAGGCCUGCAUCCCUGUCUCACCCACCACCUCGUACAUCUGACAUAACUGGAGGGGGUGUAGGAGGAGGCUUGUUUUACCCCCCAGGACCAACUCAAAGCCCAUGCUCCUCAUUCAGCCUUCAGGAGUCUGUGCUGGUCAGCCCCAGGUCCAGCUUUGCCUCCAGCACAGCCAGUGGAGGAGGGGGGAGUCCCAUGGGGAGCCGCUGCAGCAGCAACCGGACCAGUGGCAUCAGCUUAGGUUAUGACUCUCGCUACUCAGCAUCUGGGGGCUUUCCUCCACAUCAGCAACCCAUGCAGACUGGAGGCUGUGCAGGUAGUUAUGGGGCUCCGGGCAGAGCUGGGAUAACCUCAGUAGAGGCCUGGACCCAGUACCUAGAGGGGGGUAUGUGUCCAGCUGCAUACGAUAGCCGCCACUCCUACCCUCCUGCAGUAGGAAGUCCAGCAGCAGCGUGCUACCAGGGAGGGCAAGAGUGGUGGGAAGAUCAGCAAGCUGGAAUGAGAGGCAAAGAGACAGGUGUGAUGGGAGAAAGGGCCAGAUACUCGGACCUGCCUGGCACCCGGUACCAAGAAGAGCUGACUCGACUUUUGCUGAGAGAUGCACUAGAAGGUGAGGGACUACAGAAGAUGCUGAAGAAUCAGUCUUCAACCCUGACUGCUCUUUCUAAACCGGGUACCACAACAACAACAGGGCCCUCAACGGCUGGUGUUCCACUUAAACCUCAAGAAGACCCAGGAGCUGGAAGGGAGCCCAUUGAAAACCGCCAGGAGUUCUUUGGGACCUGUGUAAAGUGUGGGAAACGUGUGUACGGGGCGGAUAACGCCUGCCAGGCUUUAGACAGCCUCUAUCACACUCGAUGCUUCACCUGUGUGUCUUGUGGACGUACCCUGAGAAACAAGGACUUCUACAAUGUCAACGGCUCUGCUUACUGUAAAGAAGAUUAUAUGUUUUCAGGAUUCCAGGCAGCUGCGGAAAAGUGUAGUGUGUGUGGCCACCUUAUUCUCGAACAGAUCUUGCAGGCUCUUGGGAACUCGUACCAUCCCGGUUGUUUCCGCUGCGUGGUGUGCUCCAAGGCUCUGGAUGGGGUGCCUUUCACCGUGGACCAACACAGCAACAUAUACUGCGUGGCCGAUUACAACAAGACUUUUGCCCCAAAGUGUGCUGCCUGUUUACAGCCCAUCUUACCGACUGAGGGCAGCGAGGAGAUCCUCCGGGUUGUGUCCAUGAACAAGGACUAUCACUUUGAGUGCUACCACUGCGAGGAGUGUGGCAAGCAGCUCUCUGAUAAACCCGGCUCGCAGUGCUUCCCUCUGGACUCUCAUCUUCUCUGCCACUCCUGUCACAUGAGCAGACUGUGCGUCACACAUAACAUUCCCUCACACAACACACACUGAUCACCUCCGUGCAGCUGUUGAUUCAGGAAAAAUCUUUUUUUUUUUCUGCCAUCUUUCUUCAAGAAACUGCUGAUGUUUAAACAUUUCAUCUUCAACUUGUGUCAGUCCCUUGUCACAUGUACUGCCUGCUGUACUUGUACUAUUACUGUACCAUAAUCAAAAGGGAACUACUGCUUUUUUUAACUAAUCUGGCUACUGUUAGCUGUAGAAGAACAAAGGAUUUUGCUAAAUUGUUUUGUGUAUAUACAUUCUUGCUAGCAACCAUUUUGCACUUAAAUUUUAUUUUACUGUAAGAUUUGCUAUGCGAUUGUGUACAUGACGGGGGGGGGGGCCUGACUAAUUUCUCCAUGAUGUAAUAAAAUAUUUUUAUUUGUGCUCAAAUUGUGGACACUAUGGAUCAUUGGUCACUAAAAUACAAAUCAAAAUUUCUAUAUGAAAUGUCUCAGAUGCUCACAAUAGUGCAGGUAAAUAAAAAGUCUUAAGCAGACUGUGAUAAACCAAUUUUUUAUUUCUUAAAUUCUCAGUACAUUCAGCACUUUGAGGAGAAAACGGCAACAAAAUUCUAACUUGAACUAAAACCAAAAUGAAAAGAAUUAAAAUUGCAACCGUUACUCUAUUAGAAGAUAAAAUUUCUUUUUAAUUUUUUUAACCUCUUAAUAAAGCCAGAGGAGGCAUUUUCAAAUGGAGACCUCAGUGCAGGGAAGAUCAGCAUCCCAGAGUAAU